AUGACCAUUCUCUCAUUCCAAGGGAAGAACGAGCCAGAACUAUAUCUUGAGUGGGAGAGAAAGGUAGAGCUGUUAUUUGAUUGCCACAACUACUCCGAGCUCAAGAAGGUAAAGUUGGCAGCGAUUAAGUUCGCAGAUUACACACUUGUGUGGUGGGAUCAACUGAUUACGAGUAGAAGGAGAAACGGAGAGCCACAUAUUCAGACUUGGCAAGAGAUGAAGGUGGUGAUGAGGAAGCGUUUUUUGCCUAGUCAUUACUACCGGGAGCAAUUCAACAAAUUACAGAAUUUGAAACAAGGCAGUCGGAGCGUGGAUGAAUAUUACAAAGAGAUGGAGGUGGCCAUGAUUCGUGCCAAUGUUGUGGAGGAUAGAGAGGCAACCAUGGCUAGAUUCUUAGCUAGAUUACAUUGGGAUAUUCGUGAUAAGGUGGAGUUACAACAUUAUGUUGAGUUGGAGGAUAUGGUCCACAUGGCAAUAAAAAUCGAGAAUCAACUCAAGCGGAGGGGCAGCUCUGGCGGAACCCAGAGGAGCACUUUCAGCUCUGGCGGAAACCAGAGGAGCACGUUCAGCUCUGGCGGAAACCAGAGGAGCACGUUCAGCUCUGGUGGAAACCAGAAGAGCAAUUUCAGCUCUGGCGGCAACCAGAGGAGCACUUUCAGCUCUGGUGGCAACCAGAGACAGAGUCAGAGUACUCCCAGCUCUGGCGGCAACCAGAGCCAGAGGCAGAGCUCUUUCAGCUCUGGCGGCAACCAGAACCAGAGUCAGAGCUCUUUCAGCUCUGGCAGCAACCAGAGACAGAGCCAAAGCAGCAGAGGGCCGAAGGCUGCAAAUCAGGGUACCACCGUCGUGCCAGAGGGUAGAAACAGAGACAAGAAAUGUUUCAAGUGUCAAGGAUUUGGUCAUAUCAUGAGCGAAUGUCCAAACAGGCGAAUCAUGAUCAUACGAGAUGACGGUGAUGUCGUAACGGACGGGGAAGAGACAGAUCCAAAGAUGCCCGACUUAGAAGACCCCGACGAAGAGGAGUAUGAAGAGCUUUUUGCACCAAAUAAACAACUUUUUAUAGCCAGGGGAGCUUCGAGUGUGCAAACUCAACCUGAUGAGAGAGAGCAGCGGGAGAACCUCUUUCACACGAGGUGUUUUGUCCAAGAUAAGGUGUGCAGUGUGAUCAUCGAAGGAGGGAGUUACACGAAUGUGGCAAGUAAGUCCAUGGUGGAGAAAUUGGGGCUGGCCGAGGUGAAACACCCCAAACCAUAUCGUUUGCAAUGGCUGAAUGAGACCGGCGUCGUCAAGGUUACCAAGAAGGUAAACCUGCCAAUUUGCAUUGGGAGGUAUGAGGACGAGGUGUUGUGUGAUGUUAUUUCCAUGCAGGCGAGCCACAUUUUGUUGGGAAGACCGUGGCAAUUUGAUAGACGAGUUACUCAUGAUGGAUUCACCAAUAAGUACUCCUUUGAGUAUAAGCACAAGAAAGUGUCACUUGUCCCUCUUAGCCCUAAACAAGUUUAUGAGGAUCAAGUGCAAUUGCAAAAGGAGGCGGAUAAGGUGAAGAGGAAGGAGCAGCUAGUGGGGUCGAAGGGGGAAUUUGUUGAUGUCUUUCCCGAUGAAACACUGCAUGGUUUGCCACCAAUUCGAGAGAUUGAACAUCAAAUUGAUUUUGUGCCCGAAGCUACUCUGCCGAAUCGACCAGCCUAUCGAACCAACUCGGAGGAGACAAAGGAGUUGGAGAGAUUUAUCGUUGUCUACUUUGAUGAUAUCCUCAUUUAUAGCAAGCAUCAUGAUGACCAUGUAGACCACUUGAGGUCUGUUAUGGACGUGCUUAGGAAAGGGAAGCUGUUUGCUAACCUUAAGAAGUGCACGUUCUGUACGGACAAGCUUGUGCUUCUUGGUUUCUUUGUUAGUGCGCAGGGUGUACAGGUUGAUGAGGAAAAGAUACGUGCUAUUCAGGAGUGGCCGACUCCCAAGAACAUUGGAGAAGUUCGAAGCUUUCACGAACUUGCUAGCUUUUACCGGCGGUUCGUACCUCAUUUUAACAAUGUGGCAGCGCCGCUAACCGAAGUUAUCAAGAAGAACGUGGAGUUCGAGUGGGGAAAGGCGCAAGAGGAGGCGUUUGCGCUGUUGAAGUACAAACUGACUCACACCCCGAUAUUAUCUCUUCCUAACUUUCAAAAACUUUUGAGAUUGAAUGUGAUGCUUCUGGUGUUGGGAUUGGUGCAGUUUUGA